AUGGCUGCUCCAUACAACCAGAACCAGUCGCAGCCCAUCUUCCCGGACAGCUAUGUCGGUUUCGACAGCAUCACCAAGCAGAUUGAGAGGAAGUCGGUGAAGCGGGGUUUCCAGUUCAAUGUCAUCUGCGUUGGACAGACUGGUCUCGGCAAGUCGACGCUCAUCAACACCCUCUUCGCCUCGCACCUCAUGGACAGCAAGGGUCGCUUCCAGCCCGACGAGGAGGUCCGCAGCACCACCAACAUCCACCCCGUCUCACACAUCAUCGAGGAAAACGGCGUCCGUCUGCGCCUCAACAUCGUCGACACGCCCGGUUACGGUGACCUGAUCAACAACGAGCGCUGCUGGGACCCCAUUGUCAAGUACAUCAAGGACCAACACAGCGCCUACCUCCGCAAGGAACUCACCGCCCAGCGUGAGAGGUACCUCCAGGACACACGCAUCCACUGCUGCCUGUUCUUCAUCCAGCCAUCUGGCCACGCCCUCAAGCCCAUUGACAUUGUCGUCCUCAAGAAGCUGAGCGAGUUUGUCAACGUCGUACCCGUCAUCGCCAAGAGCGACAGCUUGACCCUCGAGGAGCGUGCCGAGUUCAAGCACAGGAUAAAGGAGGAGUUCCAGUUCCACAACCUGCGCAUGUACCCCUACGACAACGAGGAGGACGACAACGAGGAGGUCCAGGCAAAGCAGGCCAUCAAGGAGCUCCUUCCCUUUGCCGUUGUCGGCUCUGAGAGGACCGUUGUAGUCAAUGGCAAGAACGUCCGUGGCCGCCAGAACAAGUGGGGUAUCAUCAACGUCGAGGACGAGAACCACUGCGAAUUCGUCUACCUCCGUAACUUCCUCACCCGCACCCACUUGCAAGACCUGAUCGAGACGACCGCACAAAUCCACUACGAGUCGUUCCGCGCCAAGCAGCUGCUUGCCCUCAAGGAGAGCUCUCACCAGGGCCAUUCCUCGCGUCCCAUCUCACCCGCUGCCGACCGCGAGCUUAGCAGGAACAGCCAGCGCAUGACCAUGAACGGGUACUAG